ACGACGACCGCGGCCGAGGUAGCACGAAUUACCUCCAAAAGAUUUACUGUUUGGCAGAAAGAUCGCAUUCAGUAAAUGGCACGACAACACUAGCGCACAGAUGAAUUCACCCGUCUCGAGAGAUGACUAUCCGUCGCGAGGGCCCGCAGUAAGGGGUACGUCAGCCGCGACGCUGGCUCUCUGCUCCGUUUUCGUCAUCCUUCGGUUGAUGUCGAGGUUCUUCGUGGUAAAGAAGACGGGAUGGGAUGACUACACCAUGAUCGCAGCAUGGAUGCUAGCGUUUGGCGCAUCGUUCUCCAUCAUCUUUGGCACCACCAAAGGACUCGGACGACAUCAAGACCACAUUCCUAAUGACUGGCUCGAACCGAUGCAGCAGUCGGCCUACGCUUUUUCGGUACUCUAUAAUCCGGCACUGAUGGCGACCAAGACUUCGAUCCUGAUCUUCUACCUCAAUCUGUCAGAGACGCAGAAGAUCUUCCGAUGGGCGACCAUCUCGACACUUGUGGUUGUCAAUGCUGGCGGAUUAGCUUUGACCAUUCUCAACAUCGUUCAGUGCCGACCUGUCAGUGCAGCAUGGGCGUCACCUGUACCUGCAACGGCGCACUGCACUAACAUCGUUACAAUAUAUCUUUCAUCCGCGCCGCUCAACAUCAUCACCGAUCUGGCCAUCCUCUUCCUUCCCAUGCCCAUCUUGACGAGCAUGCGACUACCAAAGAAGCAAAAGAUUAUCUUGGUCAUCACUUUUGGAUUUGGUAUCUUCGUGGCCAUUGUUGACGUCGUCCGUAUUGCCUACCUCCAGGACGCGCAACGAGCCACCCUUGUCGCUGCGCAAGCUGAUCACGCUGAAAGCGGUACAAGCCAGAGAAACACGAGCGAUUUCUCGUGGUACGCCUCGCUUUCGUUCAUGUGGAGUACGGUAGAGAUCAACUUAGGCAUCAUGUGCGGCUGCGUCCCUGCAAUGAAACCACUGGUUCGACGCUUCCUGCCGAGCUGGGUCAUUGAUCACACAACCUCGCGCGGAAACUCGGGCACACGCGACAGCGACAAAGCGCAGUUCCGCCCAGAUAUUGUUGAGGGAUCGCGUCGCAGAUCUGACCAAGAGACACCUCCUGAUUCACCUAUGACACCAAUGAGCAAGCCUCCAGCCCCUGUGCCUGCAUUGCGAGGCAACGACGAACCCCUGGGUAUGAUGGACUUACUCACUGCACAAGACAUGAACGACUUUCCACGAAUGAACCGCACAAGCACCGCGGUCACUAUGGCACCAACAACGCGGAGCACGCGACGUGGUUCGAUGACAUUCUUCGACUUUGUCGACACAGGACAGAAGAAGAAUAUCACUCUGAGAAGCAACCGCGAAUCGAUCUACCCAGUAUUGAUGGUCACUAUUCUUUUCUUCAUCUGGGGCUUUGCUUACGGCUUCCUGGACGUUCUCAACUCGCGAUUUCAGAAGAUUGCAAACAUGAGUGAUUGGCAAACGGUUGGACAACAUAGCGCUUACUACGUCGGCUACCUCGUUGGCCCAUUGACCUUCGGACGCAUCGUCUUUCAAGUCUGGGGCUUCAAGGUUUGCUACAUGGUUGGACUUGUGGUCUAUGCGUGUGGAGCCCUGGUUUUCUGGCCUUCUGCUGUUCUCACUAACUUCCCAGCCUUCCUGGUCUCGAACUUCAUUGUGGGUGCCGGCCUGUCGACCUUGGAGCUCGCCGCCAACCCUUUCAUCGCUCUUUGCGGCCCUCCUGAGUAUGCCGAGGUGCGAUUGAACCUCUCACAAGGUGUGCAGGCAAUCGGUACCAUCGUCUCACCCCUACUUGCCAAGAAAGUUCUAUUCCCUGCCAAUGCCUCCAGCCUGAUCGACGUUCAGUGGACAUAUCUCGGCAUCUCGUUCUUCAGCAUUGCCUUAGCUGUGCUCUACUUCUACGUACCACUACCAGAAGCUACGAACGAAGAGCUCGAGACCGCCAGUAGGCGCAUGCCUGUUCCCAGAGAUACGGCCAUCAAGAUUGGCCCCUGGCCCAUUAGAGUCAUCUGGAUCAGUCUUGGAUUCGCGGUCUUCUCUCAGUUCUGCUAUGUUGGUGGUCAGGAGUCGACGUCGAGUUCUUACGCCGAGUACCUUGCACUGGUCAAGCCCUCACUUAACUACGUCAAUCAUCAAGCGGUCGGUCACACUGCGUUUGCCGUCUCUCGCUUCUUGGCGGCCUUUAUCGACAUCUGGGUCAAGCCACGCUUUAGUCUUCUGUUCUUCUACCUCGGAGCUGUCGUAUUUUGCGCUGCAGCGAUGCACACCACAGGCUCUGCCGGUGCUGCCAUGCUGGUUAUGAUCAUGUUCUUCGAAGGUCCUUUGUUCCCACAGAUCUUUGCCCAGGGCAUCCGUGGAAUGGGAAAGCACACCAAGGAUGCCUCGGUACUUAUCACAGCAGCAAUUGGUGGUGGCGCAGUCUUCCCACCGAUGAUGUUCGCCGCACUCAAGAUUCACAACGCUCGGUACGCUUUCUGCGUUAUUGUCGCUGUGUAUGCCGCAGGUGCACUCUUCCCUAUUUGGCUCAGUCUUUUGCCCGUCACAAGACAACUCUCGGAUCCACAUCGAGACGAACAGACAAGACGUGAAUCUGAGGCUGAGGAGGAGCGACGAGAGUCCAUGGGCCAGAUGAAGCCCAGGACAUGGAGCAAAGUUACGGACAAGCUGAGCUUUGGCAACCGCGAGAAAGACCAGAUGCCCUCUGUGGAGCGUAGAGAGCGAUGCAGCUGGCCCGAAGGCCUUGCACCGAUACCGGGUAGUCUUGACAUCACACCAGAGCGAAGACACUCGCAAGCCCUGUCGAUACAGAGUUCGAGCAGCAGCAGCAGCUCGAGCAGCGAUUCACCGACUCCAGCUCGGUGAUUGCGUAUGAUUUACGAUUAUGAAUGCAUUGCGUUACGGCGUUACGGGAAAUACCAUGGGUGGCUCUUUGCUGGGAUUUGGACAUGCACAGCGUUGUGCAUUGUGUAUCAUCUGAGUUUCCUCGCCUCGAGCGACUUUGUAUCGUAGUUUGCUAUGACAUGAAGUGUAACGACACAUGAAUGUUCUACCACAUCCUUCGAUGAUUGCAGUGU